AUGCUCAGCCUCCAGGAAAAAAUUACGGGCUCAUGGCUUAUAGCCCUCAUCACUAUUCUCGACGCGGGAAACUCUUGCUGGUUCGGUUAUGAUCAGGGAGUGUUCGCCGGAGUGCUUGUCUCGCCGGAUUUCCUCGCCCGGUUUCCAACGACUGAAGAUGCCAAUGUUUCCGGCAUUACUUCUAGCUGCUUCUUCCUCGGAGCGGGCGCGGGCGCAUUGGCCGCCUUUUUAUUGGGCGACAAGCUCGGCAGACGACGGACAAUUGCUCUUGGCUUGUUGUGCAAUACCGUCGGCGCCCUGCUGCAGACCCUCUCAUGGCAUCUUGCGCAGAUGAUCAUUGGACGCCUUAUUAACGGCUUCGGCAUCGGCCUCGUCUCCUCGAUGUCUCCUGUCUACCUCUCAGAGUGUUGCAAGUCCAAUGUCCGAGGGAUGCUGAUGGGGGUUGCCACGUGUUGUAACGUGGGCUGCUUCUGCAUUGCAAACUGGAUAGCAUACGGCCUCUAUUACAGGGGAGACGCCUUCCAAUGGCGGUUCCCGCUGGGCUUCCAGCUUGUUUUUCUUUUCGUGGUGGCGCCGAUCUUGACCAUCCUGCCAGACUCGCCUCGAUGGCUGCUACUCAAGGACCGUGACGAGGAAGCUCUCCUUACUCUGUCAAGACUGAUGGGGCAUAACAGAAGCGUUGAAGAUGCAGCCGUCUUGGCGGAGUUUGCUUCCAUCAAAUCCGCAAUUCGGAUGGAGCGAGAAGAUCGGGUCCCAAUCAUGGACGUACUCUGUCAUCGGGACAAGACUCAGAAUUUCAGGCGACUCAUCCUGAGUUGUGGGACACAAUUUUUUCAGCAGUUCACUGGCGUGAACGCCUGGGGAUUCUAUCUUCCAACAUUGUUGCAAGAAUUUGUUGGCUACGAUCAACAAAUGAGCCGCUUGAUUUCAGCAGCGAGUAGUACCAUCUACGUUGCCUGUAGUUUCGCAUGCUUGAUGCUCAUUGACCGGGUCGGACGUCGCAAGAUGAUGAUGUACUCCCCAAUUUUCAUUGGAAUUUGUCUCCUUAUUGCGGCUAUUGGUCUGGAAGUUGGAGAGAGUGACCCGUCGAAGAAGCAAGUGAUGGGCCGGCUCGCGACAUCCAUGAUUCUUCUGUAUCACGUCUUCUUUGGGCUGGGAUUCUCGACCGUCCCCUGGGUUUAUAGCGCCGAGGUCAACAGUCUCGGGUGGCGUACCCGCGGCGCAGCCGCAGCAACUUCUGUCAACUGGAUAUUUGGUUUCGUGGUUGUACAGAUCACGAAGGUCGGCCUUGAUCAUCUGGGAUGGCGUUUCUUUUUAAUGUUCGCCGUCUUUUCGUUCGCAAUCUCGCCCAUGAUUUAUAUGUUCUAUCCAGAAACCGCAAACAGAACGCUCGAAGAUAUGGAUCAAAUUUUCAUACACAACCCCUCGGCCUUCGUCUUCGCAAAUAGAGUUGCGAUACAGUCUGGGCGACCGCAGCUUUUUGUUGACGCUGAGGCACUACGAAUAGCUCGCGCAGAAAAUGAUUCUAGAGACGCUGUUCUAGCUGGGGACGAGAAAAUCCGUUCUCCCCAGGAGAGUAUCAUGGAGGUGUAGAUAGUUUAGCGCAUAGCAAAUUUUGAAGACAGUAUUGCUAUCC